AUGGCAGUCGCUGUGAGCCAACUUUCGAGUAAGAGGGCUACUGUACUCUUAAAACCCCGCCUGUUGACACAGAUUGCCGUACGUUCAAGUGCAUCGAAUCCACAGAGUUUGUACGAGACUCGUAAGCAUAAUGGAUCGCCGGUCAAACCUUUUGAGGAGUUACCUGGUACGCCGUUGGGAUUCUUUAGAAAUAUGGUCUUUAACAUUCGUAAUGUUUUGAAUGGAGAGUUUAAUAAGCCUUUUAACAUGCUAUCAAGAUUUAAAAAAGAAUAUGGCCCAAUAUGGAGGCAGCAAUUUGGUUCUAUUGUAUUUAUCAUGCUGACAGAUGUUAUAGAUAUAGAAAAAGUUUGCAGACACGAAGGAAAAUAUCCAAGACGAGUGGAAUUUUCACCUUGGGUUCUUGCGAGAAGUGACUUGAAAGAGGAUAUGGGCGUUUUGCUGAGUGAAGGUGCUGACUGGCAUCGUAACAGGGUGGCACUGAGUAAACGAAUGCUACGACCCAAACAAGUUGCAACCUAUACUGAUCCUGUUAAUGAUGUUAUCACUGACAUGCUUGCCAAAAUAGAAAGAACACGAACAUCAGCGAAUGAAAAUAAUCUUGUUCCAGAUAUCGAAAAUAUAUUAUUUUCAUGGGCACUUGAUAGUGCAUGUUCUGUAAUUUUGAGCAAAAAAAUGGGUUUAUUAGAUGACAAGCCACAUCCAGAAGCACAUAGAUUCAUACAGAGUGUUCAUGAUGUGUUCAGUACAACACUGCUUCUAUUUGUAGUGCCAGCAACAAUUCAGAAGUUUCUCAGGACUCCUAUUUGGAGGAAACAUGUCACAGCGUGGGAUAACAUUUUUACAACAGCCAAAAAGCUGAUUGAUGUAAGAGUGGAUGAAAUUGUGAAGUUAGGUGCUACAGGAGAUGUGGAUUUCCUGACUUACAUGGUAGGGAGAAAAUCUUUAUCAUCAUCUGAGAUAUAUGCAGAUGCAACUGAAUUGCUAAUGGCAGCAGUAGAUACGACAUCAAGUGCUUUCAUAUGGACACUUUACAAUGUGGCAAGACAUCCCCAAGUACAGGAAGCACUGUAUGAAGAAGUAAAUAGAGUUAUUCCCAAAGGAAAAAUACCCACUCAUGAAGAUAUCAAUAAACUCCCUUAUCUGAAAGCAAUUUUAAAGGAAACGACAAGGUUAUAUCCUCCCGUUGUCAACGUUAGUCGUAUACUGGAGACGGAUAUUGUUGUCAGUGGAUACAACGUUCCAGCUGGGACUGCUCUGAAUAUGGCAAUAUGGAUGGUAGCUAGAGAUCCACAGUACUUUGAUGAUCCUGACAAAUUCAAACCAGAAAGAUGGUUGAGAGAAGAGAAUGAAUCGUUCAAUGGUUUCAAAUUGUUACCUUUUGGUUUUGGACCAAGAAUGUGUAUUGGAAAGAGACUUGCUGAGCUGGAAAUUCAUCUUGCUUUGGCCAGGAUUUCACAAAAGUACAUCUUGGAAAGCACAACUGAUGUGGAAGCUACAAUGACAAUGCUACAGAUACCAGACAGACCACUCAACCUGAGGUUUAUCGACAGAGGGACAUAG